AUGGCUUACCACACUCGAUCUAACAGCUUCCCCUCUAGGCCACACCCAAUCAAUCAAGAAGUUGAUGAAUAUUUGUGCAGAUUGAGGUCUUCUGAAACAACUUCCACAUCAUCCAUAAGCCCCAGACUAAGUAGUCUUCAAGAGUUGCAUGAUUGUGUUGAUAGGUUGCUUCAAUUGCCACUCACCCAACAAUCCUUGUCACAACAGAAGCAUCAGAAAUGGGCUGAUGAGCUACUAAACGGAUCUCCUAGGAUCUUGGAUGUUUGUAGCGCUGCCAAGGAUGCAGUGUUGCAAUCCAAGGAGUACAUACAAGACCUUCAAUCAAUCAUCAGAAGAAGGCGUAAAGACGACUCUGGAGUGCUCACAAGUGAGGUUAGAAAAUACUUAACCUCAAGGAAGACAGUGAAAAAGGCAAUCCACAAGGCUUUAAAGAAUCUGAAGGCAAACAGAUCAACUUUCUCUUCACUCGACAACGACCAAGAGACUAUCGCCAUUGUCAGCAAGCUGAGAGAUGUUGAAGCAGUCACCCUCACAGUGUUGGAAUCAGUUUUGUCCUUCAUCUCUGGGCCAAAGUCAAAGCCUUGCAGCUGGCCUUUGGUUUCUAAGAUGGUGCAGUCUAAAAGAAUAGCUUGCGAGGAAGAAAUGGAAGUAAACGAAUUUGCACAAGUGGAUGCUGCAUUGAAGUCACAAAAGAAUUUAGACAAUGCACACAACCAGCUUAACAAUCUGAAUUCAUGCAUUCAAGAUCAAGAAGAAGGACUCGAGUGCCUAUUUAGGCAAUUGAUCAAAACAAGAGUCUCCCUCCUCAACAUCUUAAACCACUAG